GUCCCACUCAGGCCUUUGUUGAUCAAUAGCCUCUUGUUAUUGUUGUUUUUAUUUUAUUAUUAUUAUUAUUCCUUUGCUGUUUCUCAUCUACUGCCUUCCUCUUUCUAGCUGCCUUUGGAUAAUUAUUUCCUUUUUUACUGUGACUUUACUCGAUACUUGGCCACAGCUCUGAUAUUCUCUUACUCCCCAUUCCUUUACUAUAUUCUUUAUUGCUGUCCUCGCAUUCCUUUCUCCCAACAGCCACGCGCCGCUCCCCUCACUCUAAAGGCACAUCGACUUUACUGUGCUUGACAUCCAAAACACCUCCAACCGUACCCGUGAUAUCUACAACGUCUGGCUAGAAUUUUCAAACCACCUCGAUUUUCUGAAAUGCUCUCAAUCUAGAUUUGCUAAGCCAGCUGAUCCUCCUCGUGCAUAAUAAUGCAGAUGGGACAUCAAUUACAUGUAAUAUCGAUGUUGCCACUUUGAGCUUCAUGGUGCUUGACACUAUUCUCGGCGCCUUUUAAGGAUGGAGCAUGUAUCAACUCUUUGUGCAAUCAGCACUGUUGGUAUUGCAGCAACUGGUUUUGCUCUCGGUCGCGUAGAUCGAGAUUCUCCCAAGCCGGCGCGCUUCCGAAAAAAGACCCUCCCUCUGUAUGAUCAGCGCGCGCGCGCGACAGACCCUCCUCGAUCGCCGCUAGACAACGACGUACAAUCAGGCCCUUCCACCGCAUUAACAACAGUAGAGAAAAGGUCUGCCUCGCAUUUCAAGGCUUUCUAUGCGAGUGGGGGCGAUUCUGCCGCAGGGAACCACUCUCAAUGUCCAAACCACAGGAGAAAAUCAUCCCUUGCAGGGAUUAUACUGCGGCGUCGUGGUCAGACUCUAUCAAACCCUCCACUACGAGUCGACGAAGACUCCUCAACGGCUUUGCAUACCCGAAGGCCGUCUUCCUCUUGGGUGCGACGGCUGUCGUUUCAGCCAGGGAACCGGAGCUCAUGCCAAAGUCCUACCUCACCAACAUCGAACGAACCCACAAGCCCUACCCAUUCACGCCCCUCCAGUCAGCGCCGAGCACCCAACAAACUCGUCAAGCGGCCUCCAUCACAACCUUCAAGCGCUCAUUUUCAAUUUGCGCACGCGCCUUCGCCCUCUUCAACAACAUUAUUUCGUAGACCUGCCACAAGCCAUCAACGGUCUGAGCACCUGAGACACAAGGCAACUCAUAGUUUAAACUUUGAGCCCAGUCUUCUUGCGAAUACACCAUUUCUUCCUACUACCAGAGAAUCCUCUGUGGUUGAUAUAGCUUGGCAGCCCUAUUUAACUGCCACAUACGAUGUGAUACCGGACAGGCUGGCACGCAGGCUGUCAACUGCAACCAAGCCAAAAGAGCAUGGACUACGGCGAAUUCUCCCAUCUACGGAUACUAUUCCAGCUCUUCUUCUAGCAAAUUCAAUUACAAACAAGGAGUUUUCUACAGGGGCUAGUUCGCCGGAGACAACGCCUACCUCUCCAGUGCAGUUCCGUGAUCCGUUCAAGCCGAAUGAUACUUCCCGAACGUUAGACACAUCCCUUGCACCAGAGGAAAAUCAUCGCCAGCCACCCAUAUCAGUUUCACAUGACUCCGACUCACCAAUACCAGCCCCAGACAAAGCGGAUUUUCACAAGCCCCUCAGUACGGCACCUGCCCGUCCUAAGAUGAGGGCAAUUUCGGCCUCUCUUCCCCCUUUUGCGAAAUCGGAAGGAGCCAUCUUGCUGUCGCCACGAUCGCGUGCAAGACGCAACAUCACAGACCCAAACAUCUUCCGCCGGCCUCUAAUUGCCUCGCGAGCCGAUGGAUUUAUAGUGCCUGGGUUCGUGGGUCCCAGCUGCAAAAAGGCUAUCUCAUCCUCUCGCGUCGAUAUUGGAUAUCUGCGAGAGACCGGGCAACGUCCACUUACUUCAGAUGGUGUGGCUUUGUCCGUCUUGCAGGGCCCAAUCCGUCAGCGGCCGAAACGACAUUCAAUUGCCGCAUCUGAUCCUGCCUCAACUGUUAUUGGCUCUGACGAUACUCGUAUUUUCACUUCGGGUGAGGAGGACGAGACCGAUUUCUUGAGCGACACCGCUUUCGAUUCGAUCCGCACACAUAUCACCACUAGCAGCAAUUCAGGCCUGCAUUCUCCUCGGGUAGAGACCAUCUUUGACAGAGAUCCACCACUCAGCAAUGCGGACGAAAGGUCCUUACAUGCCAAGCAAUUCGCCUCGCAUUAUACUUUCGCUUCUCAGCCGUUUGACGACAGUCACAAUCGUUCCAACCUUAUGCUAACAUCCGUUCCUGUCUCUCUCCCUAGCCCUCAGGGAAAAUAUAUGCAUGAAGAGGAAAGUAGAAUAUCAUUCCCAUCCGAUUUGACGGAUGAUGAAGACACCCAUAGCCUGGUAGCUGCAUUACCUGGAGAAUUGGUUAAACUGGACGAACAGUCGAAAUAUCCAAGAAUGUCUUUGAAUAACUUCGAGGGGGACUAUGCUAGCCGUGAUUUCUUGUUCGCUCAUGGCAGGUCAGAUAUUCCUCUCGAUUUAACGAAAUCCAAUUCGCGCAGCGUUGCAAAUGAGAUGCUUGAAUCUUGCCCCAGGAUGAAUAUUUUUGACUGGUCUGAACAACCCAGGAGUGACCGCGAAGUUUCUGGGCCCGAUGGACGUCCCCGCACGGUCCAUGGAAAACAUGGGCCUGGGCUCCGAGGUAGUCGAGCCCCGGGCCGCAAAGCACCAAAUACCUUGCAUCUUCGGAGCCAAAGCGUCCCGGUAUCGAGAGAGUAUCCAGCUACCAACGAGACACGGCAAACAUCAGGCAAGUUUGGCACUUGGGGGUUAGGCAGCAAGGGUGUUAGUGAAGACUGGGAUAGUGACUUCGAGUUUGAGGAUGCGGACGAGAGUACAAUCAGCGAGAGCAUACAGACGAGCAAGAACGUUGCCCGGCGCAGCAUGGUAGUCCCUCAGGCUAUCAUGGAACGCCAAGCCAGUCUUCAUGGACAGUUUGGACAGGUUCAAGAGCUGACCCUGUUAGUUGAAGAGCUCAAACGCCUUCGCCGUCAAGCUAGUUUCUUGAACAUUGUGCGUGGACCAUCUAAUGAACUGUGGAAAGAAGCAGAGAGUAUUGUCAACUUGGCUACCCUUGAUGAUGAAGAACAUAGCCAUUCCCCCCCGGGCUCCCCGUCCUCUCUCACCUUCAGUUUUGACGAUUCUGAGGAAGAAUCGGCCAAAACGAACGAACCCUUCAAACGAGCCAGUGGAGAGUCCUGGAGAGCUUCAUUCUCUGAGCCAUUAGGUCCAACCCAAAUCACUGCCGAUUCUGAUCACAAGGAAACCCCUGUCAAGGCAAAUUCGGUGCUAGAUUUGAUCUACCAGCAACGAAUAUCUCGCGAUUCAUCCUUCGUGGAUUGUCAACCCCCCAGGUCGAAAAAACUCCCCUUCGAUACACAGUCCCUUCGUGACCUCGUUAUCCGAGCCGGUGUUGUAACCCGUGCUCUCAAGGAAGUAAUUCGCAGAGCAGAGGGAGUCGCACCUGAGUCCGAUGAGAGCAUGCAUCAUUCUGUCCCUCCGUUCAGCCGGAUAUUCAGUCAAUCUUCUAAUGAUGAUGUUUCGACUUUUGAGAGGCACUGCAUUGCUUAACAGGCAUACAUCGAGUUUUCUGCUUAUCAUGAUGUGCUCCACCUUCCAAGCCUCACUCUAACAUCUCUUUGUUUCGAUUUUAAAAGUUUCAAGUCUUUAUCAUACGACUAACAUGCAAGAGGACACCUGAUAUAGUGUCAACUCUGACAAUUCCCUUCUAAAUAGCCUCUUCCUUUUUCCUUUUUCUUUGGUCUUCUUGGCCAUUCUUCAUCGAGAAAGUUCGUCUUUCAAGAGACUGUUUCUCUAUUUGAAUAGAUUUCCUGUGUACAAGUGUGCUCAUUGGUGUAUAUUUCCCCUGGAAGCGUUGCGUUGUAUGCCUUGGCGACCCUUGUGAGAGCAUUGCAAUGUUGGAUCCUUCUUAUUCUCUUUUUUUGAAAACUGUCUUACUGAUUUUCUAGUUUAGAUUCAUGGCUGACAUUUGUUACGUUGGUAGCCCGCUGGUUCUUUUUUUUUCGUUUCCAUCGAUUGUUCUUUUAACUUUGCCUCCUUUUUCUUUUUCUUUUGCUUACAACUCGGAAAGUGUACGGAUAUGUUGUUGAAGGUCGCGAGGGUUAGGUGGAAGGGAAGGAAAUAUGGAUAAUGGCGUGUAUGACACAUCAUGAAGACCAUGUCAAUUCUAGAUGAAGACUUGGGAAAGAUUAACUAAUGUCAAC